CAUAAACAUCAAACACGAAUGGUCGAAAUGUUUCAUCGAAAAUGUGGGGACCGUGUGAGUUUAAUUAAUAAUAAUUGCACGGCUGUGCGGAAUUUUUCUGAGUACAAUUAUGGACUUGUACUUAGUGCCGAGCCGCUCAAGGAUGAUGAACUUUUCGAAGUUCGCAUCGACAAAAAGAUGAUGUCAUGGAGUGGGAGUAUAGAAAUCGGAAUUAUAUCAGCUGAUCCAGAAACUAUCGAGUUGCCUGCUUGUGCAACCAAUCUUCGUCACGGAUCAUGGAUCAUGACCAGCUCAGGUAUUUUGCACGAUGGUGAGCCUAUCGUCGAACUCUAUGGCGUAGAUCUGGACACAUUAGAAGAGGGAAACACCCUUGGAGUUAUGAGAACAUCCAAUAGCGAGCUUAUUUUUUACGUGAACGGCACAUCUCAAGGAGUGGCUGCAGUAAAUAUUCCCACAAGUGUAUUCGCUGUAAUCGAUAUGUAUGGUAACUGUGUUCAAGUUACAAUAACUCAACCAAGCUUGACUCUCUCGCUCAGCGAGCCAAAAGAUGAGGCUGAAAUUAAUAAUGAUUACGGUUUGGAAGAAGCCCCGAAUUCGUCAACGACAAAUUUAGUAGCCAACUUGAAUGUAAACGUUAAUGUAAAUUUGCCCAAGAAUCCAACCACCUCAGCGAUAAGAGAAGACAGAUUGAGGUUUCAUGAGAGGGUUGGUACUUUGGUUAAAUUAUCUAACAACGCAAGAACUGCAGAAAGACGGAGACCUCUUGAUGAAUUUAAUAAUGGCGUGGUGAUGACCCACAGACCCUUGCGAGAUAAUGAGCUCUUUGAGAUUCGAAUAGACCGAUUAGUUGACAAAUGGUCAGGAAGUAUAGAAGUCGGAGUCACAACUCACAGUCCAACUGCUUUAGAAUUUCCUGCAACGAUGACCAAUAUGCGUUCUGGAACGACAAUGAUGUCUGGAUGUGGAAUUUUAACAAAUGGGAAAGGCACACAGAGAGAAUAUGGAGAAUUCAACUUAGAUGAGCUUCGAGAAGGUGACAGGGUUGGAAUGAUCAGAAAAAGUAACGGAAACUUGCACUACUUUAUCAACGGUCUCGAUCAGGGAAUUGCAGCAAAAGUUCCUACUUCAGUCUGGGGAGUUAUCGAUCUUUAUGGGAUGACUGUGAAAGUCACGAUCGUCGAUCGAGAUGAGAGAGAGGAACAAAAUCUGAUAACGAGACGAAACACGCUACAUUUGCAGUCUUUGAAUGAAGCAGAAGAAGAACCCUUGGAAAGAUUAAUGUUUCAUCCCUGUUGUGGAACUCGAGCUGAUGUAAUCAAUAAUGGUCGAACUGCACACAGGCCUAAUGCUAUAGAUGAUUUUAAUAAUGGAGUAGUACUAACUUCGAGACCUUUGAGACCAAACGAGCUUUUUGAAGUUCGAUUGGACAAAAUAGUUACCAAAUGGGCUGGAUCCAUCGAAAUUGGUGUUACCAGUCACUCUCCAACGGAACUAGAAUUUCCCUUCACUAUGACAAACGUCAGAUCUGGCACGUGGAUGAUGACUGGCAACGGGGUGAUGCAUAAUGGAAUAACGAUGAUAGACCAUUACGGCCAAAAUCUAGACAGGCUGCAAGUUGGCGACAGAGUGGGAGUGAUGAGAAAGGAUAAUUCCACCCUCCACUUUUACGUAAAUGGCGCCGAUCAAGGCGCCGCAGCAAUGAGUGUUCCCGAAAGAGUUUAUGGCGUCAUAGACUUGUAUGGACAAGCAGCUCAAGCUACAAUAGUCGACAACACUGAUUUUUACAGCCCAACUACAAAUAAUUCUAGUUUUAGUAACACUACGUUAUACAGCGACUUGCGUUUUCACCACAUCCACGGGAAGAAUGCCAGGAUCACAAACAAUGGCCUAACAGCCUCGAGACCUCGAGCAUUAGGUGAAUUUAAUGAUGCGAUCGUUAUAGCCAACAGAGCUUUACGCGAUGGGGAAAUGUUCGAAGUUUCAAUUGAUAAAAUGGUUGAUAGAUGGUCCGGAGCGAUAGAAGCAGGCAUUAUUUGCUUAACAGGUGUAACAGCUAUAAGACCAGAUGAGUUGGAAUUUCCAUCGACGAUGACUGACAUUGAUCAUGAUACUUGGAUGCUCUCCGGAUCGACUGUUAUGCGCGACGGUGUAACUCUCAGGAAUAAUUACAGCUGCGAUCUGGACAAACUUACGGAAGGAAAUCGUAUUGGAAUGAUGCGUUGUGCGGAUACGAGUCUGCAUUAUUAUCUGGAUGGAGUCGAUCAGGGUGUUGCCUGCACUGGACUCCCGACACACGUUUAUCCCGUUAUUGAUUUAUAUGGACAAUGUGCUCAGGUGACGAUCGUUAUGCCAGAGAGAAGAGACACGAUGACCCAGCAGUAUUUGCAGUCGGAAAACAGUACGAGCCAGCAACCCACCUCUGUGAUUCAACCUCAAGGCCAAACAGAAAUUACUCACAAGUUCCACGAGUCCGUAGGCUUAAAUAUUCAACUAAAUAGUGAAAGAGGCAUUGCAACACGAUGCAGAGAAUAUAGCAACGCCGUAUUGCUGAGCGACACUCCACUUGAAAAUAAUGAACUCUUUGAAAUUUGCGUCCAAGAAGUCGCUCGAGAAUGGAGCGGUUCUUUGAGGAUAGGAGUCCUCAGCCACGAAAGUGGAAACUGGUUAACUUCGAUGAAUCUUGUGCCAGGAAUGACCUGUAUUCCGGCUGAUUCUUGGUAUUUAACUGGCAACGAAGUGCGUCAUAAAGGCUACGUUCUUUGCUUGAACUACUGUCCUAGUUUAGACUGGAUUAGAGUCGGUGAUAAAAUAGGUUUGAAACGCACCCAGGAGGGAAACCUGAAGUUUUAUAUAAAUGGAGAAGAUAUGGGCGUCGCAGCCUCGAAUUUACCUGAAAUGGUAUUCGCGGUUAUAGAACUUUUUGGCAGCACGGUGGCUGUCAGCAUCAUAAGCAGCAAGCAGCAAAACCCAGCAAUCUCUCCAAAUGCUAGUCUGCGAAUGCAAGAUUCUUUGGAGUUUCUCUUAGAUCCGAUGCCACCCACUAUUAGAAAUGAUGCAGGGAUGGAAUCUUCGGUUGAAACUUCAGAAGCGAAAUUGUUAAACGAAAUGAUACUCACUCCUACGCAACCCAUAAAUACUUCGGUGGCAGAAAUUGAUUUCUGUUACGAAUUUCAUGAGAAUCACGGGAGAAAUGUACAGUUGGAAAAGAGAGCCACUGCGAGGAGAGUAGCUAGUUAUAAUCAAGGUGUAGUGAUGUCUAGUCGCCCUCUGAUAAGGAAUAAAACGUUCCAAGUCAAAAUAGAAAAGGUAAACGACCGCUGGGUCUCGGGAUUACUCUGUGGAGUCACUUGUGUUUCCCCUGAAAAAGCAACUUUUCCCGUGUCAGCUCUUGGCUUUAAAAAACAUUCAUGGAUUAUAUGUGGAGAUUGGAUAUCUCACAAUGGCACUAAAGUGAAGACAACUUAUGGAUCAAAUUUGGAGAACCUCCAGUGUGGUUCAACAGUAGGUUUGCUGAUCGAUGAAGAUUCGAGACUCCACCUUUACAUAAACGGACUCGAUCAAGGUAUAGCCGCUACAGAUUUGCCUUUGUACGUUUAUGCAGUAAUCGACUUGUAUGGCCAGUGCGAGCAAGUUUCCAUAGUCGGGUCCACUUCCGACUCCCUUUACUCGAACAAUUGUGCCAACAACAGCGCUGUGAUGGAGUGUGUUGGAUCGGAACAAGAAGACAUUGAAAAUUCGCGAGAAAAAGCGGACCUGGAAUGUCAUGAGAAAGAAAACGCCGUUCCUGCAACUCCCUCCAACCUCUCUUUAAAUAUUCCAGUUCAAAGCACUGCUAGUCUGAAUCUAGUCGAAAAUACUGCCGUGUCGCAUUCGUCCAGCAGCAAUAACAAUUCAAGUCUUCAGAACAAUUCCCUACAGAAUAAUUUGAUGGCCAGUAGCAUACACUCCGACAGCAACAACUCGGACUCUUGCUCAGAAGUUAGCAACGAUCAAGUGGAGAUCGCUAGGAGCAAACACUUUAACGACGUUGACAACGUUUUGAGUGAAAUUGGUCCUGUUGUGAACAACCAAGAGGCUGACAAUUGUCGAGAGGCGACAAACGAGACCGAAAAUCGCUCGAAUUCGUCAAAUCUUGGCGCCAGAAAUGAAUGUACAAAUGUAGAAAUAAACAAUGCAACGAAUAUCAAUAUUAAAAAUGGCUCAGUAGUUAGCACAAGCAACAUGAGCAACCUGAACACUGCGAUCAACUCUACCAAUGCUAAUAACGCAAUUAAUGAAAGUAUCGCUUCUAAUAGUCAAAACAACCAAGUGGUUCCCCAGCAAAACAGCUCGCCGAUCCUGAUAAGUGGAGCGCAGAAUAAUCAUUUCCCUUGUCAGUCUCCUGUCCCAAAUUUGCAGAACAAUAUAAUGUCUGGGUCUCUUGUUAAUAUUUCGAGUAGCCAGGAUUUACAGUUGCAUUUGAAUCGGCACUAUCAGAUUCCGAAUAAUUUUUUGGCUAAUAGUGUGAUCGCUAGUCAAAAUGCUCCAACUCAAAACGUCCUUCACAGUGCACCUUUGGUUGCUUCGCUGCCGUCCACUCCACUUGGGAGCUCCGUUUCAUCCUCGAAGAAGUGCGAAUAUCUCAAGGCAUGCACCAGGUUAAAGAAGUCGCUCGUUUUGCCUGAAGAGUUCUUUUCGCUCGAUGAAAUUCUUUGUUAUUGUAAUUCCUGUUACAAGUUAGAGGGAGAGAGUGCCAUUUGUAAAAAGGGCGAACCUUUGGCGGAGUUUGCGUUACCAAUCGGUUGGGCCAGGUUUCCGCUUAGGCAGACCAUCAAUGCUAAUCAAAUUCCUCAGAGCACGACUGAUAAGUGGCAUGUGGCUUUCUAUGGGACGAGAUUAGAUGCAGUCAGAUGGAUUUUAGAUAGAGGUGAAUUAUUAGCAAAAGAACAAUUAGAUACAAGUAAUUUGACAACGAUUGUAAAUAGUGAAGAUCAAAAUCCUCAAGUGGUUUUUUCUCCAAAUAUAAAGUAUGCGGGGUCCGAAGAUUUUACGAGACAGUAUCCGUACAUUGACACGCAAUCGAACAAGAAGCUCAACGCAUCGACCGCAUUCCAAUUAUUAGUAAGACCCGGUUCGUACACAAUAACUUCCAAAAAAGAUGGGGUGGAUCCUCAUUUGGUAGCUACGGAAUGGUCCACGAAAGAGGCAGGAGCAACUACAAUCGUCGCUCUUCUUAUUCACCUCGACGGAUUUUAAACCUUCGUCCAAGCCUAAACCCAUUGGUUUUUCAUUCUCCAAAAAUCGUAGGAAUGCGUCGAUCUUUCGACAAAUCAAGUUGACGACGUUUUUAAUUUUUAUAAUUCUGGAAUUUGUUAUUUUUUUCGAGAGAUCUGUGAAUUUAUUUUGUCGUCAAUUUUAUUUACCGAGAAUGCACUUCCUUCUUUCCUCCAAGGUUUUUGCUUUACUGUAAAUAAUAAGUCUUCGCAAAAAGAACUGUAUCUCUAUUAACUUAAUAGGCACUUUCUGUGAUAUAUAUUAAUUAUCGUUUAUCUGUAUCGUCUUAAGCUAAGCUCGUGGCAGUCAUUAAUCAGUCAGCAUUCAUUUCCCAUUUUAUAUUUAUAAAUCAGUGGAGCCAACAAUGAAUCUCCAGUAUACAUCAAAAGGUCCUUUGAAAUUAUACUUGACACAUGAAAAAGAAAUUUUAUUGCAAUUUUUA